GCGCGUCGAUGGUCCAAUGGCUCUAAUCCACCCUUAAGCGUUGAAGAGGAUCCCAACUCCCCAGCUUUGCCCUCCGCCGGCUAAUCCCGUCCGGAUCAAGUUUUGGCCCGUCGUUUCUAUUCCUUUCUUCCUCCGCUUCGCAAAGAUGUCCGACGCCGAAGAGGCGAAAGCCACCGGUUCCUCGCCUUCGGCGGCGUAUCCGAUGGCAGUCGAUAGCCUCGAUGAUGAAGUCAGUUCGCCUUUUCAGUGCUGCGUAUGCUUGGAUAUCCUCUACAAACCUGUCGUUCUUGCAUGUGGACAUAUAUCUUGCUUUUGGUGUGUGCACAAAGCCAUGCAUGGGUUGCGAGCAUCACAUUGUGCUAUUUGUAGGCAGCCUUAUGUUCAUUUUCCUAGUAUUUGCCAAUUACUCCAUUUCUUGCUAUUAAAACUUGAACCUGUGGCUUAUAAGAGGAGGGAAAUGGAAAUUCUAGUGGAAGAAAAGGCUGCUGAUGUGUACUCACCUCAGUUUGCAGAUCAGUUAGAGUUGGAGAAACUUCAUUUUGGUAAUGGGAGUUCUAGCAAAAAAUUUAAUGAUUGCAGAAGUGGAGAUUUUGAACACUCAGAUCUGUCAGAAGAUUGCCUUGAUCAUACCAUAAAAAGGAAUAUAUCUGUGGAUGAUGUAUCUUGUUCUUUGUGCAAGGAAAUGUUGUAUCAGCCUGCAGUUCUUAAUUGUGGGCAUGUAUAUUGUGUGUCUUGCCUAUCUGACUUGAGUGGAGAACAUCUUCGAUGUCAAGUUUGUCAAAGUUUUCAUCCUGGUGAAUUUCCAAAUAUUUGCUUGGAUCUGGAUCAUUUUCUCGAAGAAAGAUUCCCGAGAGAGUAUGCAGUGAGAAGAGAACAAGUGCAACAUAAGAAAGCCCAAUGCCAACAUGUGAAUCCCUCACCAAAUGCUGUACGAAAACAAAAACCGAUGGCACAGGUACCAUCCGGAGGCAUGGAUUUAUGGCUUAAGGAAGACGUGUCUGAUGUUCAUGUAGGAGUUGGGUGUGAUUCAUGUGGGAUAUAUCCAAUUAUUGGAAAAAGAUACAAGUGUAAAGAUUGCAAGGAAGCAAUCGGCUUUGACCUAUGUGAAGCAUGCUACAAUUCCACAUCAAAACUCCCCGGCAGGUUCAAUCAGCAGCACACGCCUGACCAUGCGUUUGAGCUUGAUGAGUCACAGAUGUUACGUAACAUAUUGAUGCAGAGAGACAACCAGUUUGACAUUCCUCAACAAGGUCUGGAAGUAAUCUAUGUCCACAGUGAUGAUGAUCUGCAUGACCAUGAAAAUCAUGACGACGAAGGGAGCGGGGGUGAGGAGGAGUUGAGAUAAAAGAGAAAAGUCUCUUGAAGUUCUUGUUGGUAGUUGUUUAGUGUCGACCAGAUACCUGAAGUGAACUGUAGUACAUAAAUACACUCAGCUGUGCAUUACUAUCCAUAUUUCUUGCUGUAACGAAUCGAUGAUUGUAAAGUCUCACGUCUAGUAGCAGUAAUUCCAAAAAAGUGGAGGAAUCCAAGCAUUGCCAGUGUCUUUUCUGUCUCAUGAUAAUAAAAUUCAAGAUUAUAUAUG